GGGAAGGCUGCAGAAGCCAGAGCCUCUUGCUUGAGAGGGAGGGGGACUGGGCGCGUCCUCGCGCCUGAGCCGGAGCUUUGGGGGCAGCUCGGGCUCGUGACGGUGGUGGUGGUGCUAGUGGUGGCUGGGCGGGCGCGCGCGGGAGCGCGCUGGAAGGCGGAGUGUACGGUGGCGUCAGGGGCGACAGAAUAGCCCUGGCUGCGGGGACAGCCGUACACGUUCAGGCUCUCUUUAUUUUCUUCCUCCUCCCGACCAAACCCUGGGGCAGAAACCGAAAGCAGCCCGGCGUCAAUUGGGAGACUCCUGGGCCCCCUCCCCCCUUGCCUUUCUUUGCCCUAGUGACGCCGGCAUAGCGCCGACUAGGCCCCGGCUCCUCCUCUGCCGGCCCGGGCCCCGCACCCACCCCUUUCUCCUACGCUCUUCCUUUCCCACCCGGGUCUCUCCCUUUCGAGAGCCCGGGAAGUUAAACUUGUAGCCACCGUCCGCUCUUCCCGUCACUUCGGGCGACGCACGGCCUAGAGGUUGGUGGCGGUGCCACCCCACCCACCCCGGACCGCGACCCUUUUGAGGGACUUGGACUCGGCAGGGUCUCUCCGGGGCCUCUGCGAGUGGUUGAUCUGCUCCGUUUUUGCAAAAGGCGCCUGUCUGGCAGAGACGGUGUGAGACGAAGAGACAAUCCUUCCCCGCCGCCCGGAUAAUCAAAAGAGCAUUGGCCGGACAUUUGAGCACACCGAGAUAGAGAGGAGCCAGGCGGAAAGCACAGACUAUGGCGCUGAAACGGAUUAAUAAGGAACUUAGUGAUUUGGCCCGUGACCCUCCAGCACAAUGUUCUGCAGGUCCAGUUGGGGAUGAUAUGUUUCACUGGCAAGCUACAAUUAUGGGACCUAAUGACAGCCCAUAUCAAGGCGGUGUAUUCUUUUUGACAAUUCAUUUUCCUACAGACUACCCCUUCAAACCACCUAAGGUUGCAUUUACAACAAGAAUUUAUCAUCCAAAUAUUAACAGUAAUGGCAGCAUUUGUCUCGAUAUUCUAAGAUCACAGUGGUCUCCUGCUUUAACUAUUUCUAAAGUUCUUUUAUCCAUUUGUUCACUGCUAUGUGAUCCAAACCCAGAUGACCCCCUAGUGCCAGAGAUUGCACGGAUCUAUAAAACAGACAGAGAUAAGUACAAUAGGUUAGCAAGAGAGUGGACAGAGAAAUACGCUAUGUUGUAGGGUACAACAGAAUAUCUCGGGAAUGGACUCAGAAGUAUGCCAUGUGAUGCUACCUUAAAGUCAGAAUAACCUGCAUUAUAGCUGGAAUAAACUUUAAAUUACUGUUCCUUUUUUUGAUUUUCUUAUCCGGCUGCUCCCCUAUCAGACCUCAUCUUUUUUAAUUUUAUUUUUUGUUUACCUCCCUCCAUUCAUUCACAUGCUCAUCUGAGAAGAAUUAAGUUCUUCCAGCUUUGGACAAUAACUGCUUUUAGAAACUGUAAAGUAGUUACAAGAGAACAGUUGCCCAAGAUUCAGAAAUUUUUUAAAAAAUGGAGCAUGUGUAUUAUGUGGCCAAUGUCUUCACUAUUAACUUGGUUAUGAGACUAAACCAUUCCUCACUGCUCUAACACGCUGAAGAAAUCAUCUGAGGGGGAGGGAGAUGGAUGCUCAGUUGUCACAUCAAAGGAAGCAGCGUUAUUUUAGCAGCAUCCCUUCUUGUUUAGGCCUUCCACUGUUAGAGUGUUGAGGUAAUAUGAAAUACUUUAUGCUCAUAACUGAUGUGGCUGGAGAAUUGGUAUUGAAUUUAUAGCAUCAGCAGAACAGAAAAUGUGAUGUAUUUUAUGCAUGUCAAUAAAGGAAUGACCUGUUCUUGUUCUACAGAGAAUGGAAAUUGGAAGUCAAAACACCCUUUGUAUUCCAAAAUAGGGUCUCAAAACAUUUUGUAAUUUUCAUUUAAAUUGUUAGGAGGCUUGGAGCUAUUAGUUAAUCUAUCUUCCAAUACACUGUUUAAUAUAGCACUGAAUAAAUGAUGCAAGUUGUCAACGGAUGAGUGAUCAACUAAUAGCUCUGCUAGUAAUUGAUUUAUUUUUCUUCAAUAAAGUUGCAUAAACCAAUGAGUUAGCUGCCUGGAUUAAUCAGUAUGGGAAACAACCUUUUGUAAAUGCAAAGCAGUUUUUGUAUAUACUGUUGGGAUUUGCUUCAUUGUUUGACAUCAAAUGAUGAUGUAAAGUUCAAAAGAGUGAAUAUUUUGCCAUGUUCAGUUAACGUGCAUAGUCUGUUAACAGGUUGACACAUUGCUUGACCUGAUUUAUACAGAAUUAAUAAGCUAUUCAAAUAGUGUAGCUUUAAUGUGCUGCACAUGAUACUGGCAGCCCUAGAGUUCAUAAAUGGACUUUGGGACCCAGCAGUUCUAAAACAUGUAUAUGGAGUUAAGAAAUUUAUUUUCCAGGUGCAUCCCAGUCUAAAAUUUUUCUUCACCUUGUACACUUGACAACUGAAAAUUAACAUGAGAGUAAUAAUGGGUUACAAUUUACAAAAUAAAGUACUGUUUUGGUGUGGGAGUUGUCAUGAGGCUGUGUUGAAGUGACUUAACUGUGGGAUAUUGAGUAUCCAUUGAAAUGGAUUUGUUCAGCCAUUUACAUUAAUGAGCAUUUAAAUGCAACAGAUACUAUUUCAGGUGACGUAACAUGAAUGAAUAAAAGUCAAUGCUAUUGGAUUGUUUUUAUUUUUAUUUUUUAUUUUUUGUUGUUUGAUAAGUGCUAUCUGUGCCACUAAACUUCUGCAGUAACAUGGGCAUUACCAUUCUUCAUCCUUCCUAAUUCUGAUCCUGUGGUUUUACUUUUUUCCCAGUUUUGAUUCACCCAUUGCUUUAUUUCUUAGUCUUGUAUUCGAUUUCUAGCACACGUCUCCACUUGCACAUUUUUGCACUGCUUACACUUAAUGUGCGAUCUUAUUCCUUGUGUGCACACAGAUGUGGAAAGCUAGAAAUGUUAAAGCUUAAUUUUUAUAAACAUUUUAAUAUGUAGUUUGGACAUGAUUUAUUGACUUAAGGUUUUUCUCUAAACUGGAAGUGAAAUGCAUGCCUUCUAAAGAUGUUCUGACUUAAUUCUGUAAUAAGCAUUUCAAUUCAGUGUACAGUUUUCAUUUUAUCUUUUUUCUUUAAAAAGUUAUGGGUUCUUCAGGGUAGAUGCUGUUAAAUUUUUUUUGGAUUCAAAUUAUGAAUGAGAUUAGUAACAGUACUCCACAAGGUAAGAAAUACUCUUCUUUGGCUCUUUUCAAAGUAAUUAUUUGAGAUUCAUACCCUCAAAAUAACAGCUUUAGUAGGCAUAUUUCUUGAAAGCCAAACAUGAAUAAAAUGCACUUUUAUAAAACAGUGGAUCCCUAAUUGGCUUUCAGAUUGACAAUUUUUUAGCCUUAGACAACUUAGGUAUUUAAAAAGAUGACUCCCUUAAACCAUUGAUUGUCAUAAUAGUUAGUGGGUAUGUAUGUCCAGUUCUCUUUUACCUUUGACUUGAUGCUUUAUAUAAUUUUCAUAUGUUGCAUCUAAGGGAAUAAGCCAUAAGAGGCUUCUCCAGGUUUAGAAGAACAGUAAUUUUAAAGUACCUGGAAAACCAACAUUUUUGAAUGUAUGAACACUGGACUUGGAAUCAUCUGCAAUAAAAUUUCCAAAAGAAUUGUGAAUUUUCCCUUUCCCCAACCCAUUCAGUAAUUUGAAAUCACUAGUGCUAUGUGUAUGCCUAAAGUGGGUAUUAGAUUAAGCACUGAUUUGGACUAGUUUGUAUUAAUGAACUUUAAAGUUUGAAUUUCACUUAGGAGUCCAGUUGGUCUGUUAAUGGUAAAUUUACGUUUUCAGUGACUGUUUCCUCACUUGCCCUGCCCCCCCAGACUUGGCAGUGUGAUAAUCAGAUUUUUUUUAACUGAUUAGUUUGCUUUCUUGUGGGUGUACUCACGUUUAAAAGUAUGAACCACAGUUAACUAGUGGUCUCAGGGGUAGUGAAACACUCACUUUAAAAAUAAAAUUUUAAUGGCUUAGGUGAAGUAUUCUUAUCAUUGCUGUUAGUGACUUUUUGAGGGGGGCGGUGCCUCAGAUUAGCCAUGUUUUGUGUUGACAUAACAAAGCUGUUAAAUAUGAUUGUUUACACUUUUAAGUGAAAUUGUCUUCUAUUUUAUGAGGAACCCAAUGCAAGUCACUAAAUGUUGUCUAAUAGUGACAUUUGCAUAAGACUUGUAAUAGCUAAACUUAAUUGAGCUUAAAGGAAUUGUUACCAUUAAAGUCUUGUGUUUAAACACACUUGGUCUUACUCAGUAAUUCCAGUUAACAUGAAGUCCACACUUAAUAUACUGUGUGUAAGCUCAAUUUUGAACAUUAAACUGCAGUUAUAAACUGGUCUUUGAUGAAGUAUGAUUUCAAAGUGAUUAAGAACCAAUAGCAGUAUCAUUUGGGAAAUCCUGGAGAUACAAAUUAGCAGGUCCUGCCCCAGUUCUACUGAUAAGAACUAUGAGGUGGAUCUUGUACUAUAAAGUUUUCCAUGUAGUUCUAUGCAUGAUGGCAAAUUGCUUCUCAAGUCAGUUCCUAGCAUUCCCUUCUAACAGACUAUUCAAAACUAGUAGUUUUAAAACAGUAAGAGGACAUGCCUUGUUAUGCCUACAUACUAAACUUGCAUUACCUGAUGGUACUUCAAAUUGUUAGACUUGGUUGCUUUUCCCAUUUGACACUUGGAAUGUGAAGACACUAAGCAAAAUAUAUUUCUAUAUAUAAUUUUAACCAAUAUAGUUAUUAGAGUAAUAGAGUUCAGAGAUGAACCUGCUGAGUGUGUUAGAUAGUUGAAUAAAGAUUUUUACCCAGAUGUUAUCCUAUGUCUAUAUUAGUCACUUCCCAGUGGAAGGUGAGAUAUGUGAAGGGUUUUUGCAGUGUUUGAAUUUAACAACAUGCACACUAAGGUAGAUGUUUUUAACCUUUUUGUUCUUUCUCAGUAUAAUAGAAAAAUAAGUGGUGAAUGUAUUAGGAACAGAGUUUCAAGACAUGACCACAAAAAUUUGUUACAGAAGAUUAAUGUGAAAGAUCUAGAAAGUCUAGUAGUUUGUUUUUUUGAAACAAGGUCUUGCCAUAUAGCCUAGGCUGGCCUCCAAUUUGAGAUACUCCUGCUUCAGCCUAGUGAGUUCUAGGAUUGCUGGUGUGCCCCUCUGCACCGUUUUGUUUUAGUGUUACUGAGUUUUGAGCUCAGGGUCUUACUGCUUGAGCCACUCCACCAGCCCAACCUUAUUAUUUGCCCAGGGUUGGCUUCAAAAACCACCAUCCUCUUACUCUGCCUCCUAAGUAGCUAGGUUUACAGGUGUGAGCCUCCGUGCACAUUAAAUUUUGAGAAUUCUCUUUGUAAUGUAGAAAGUGGUUUUCUGAAAUUUUAGUUUUUACAGGCUAUUGGCAGCCUCUACGUACUUGAUUCCUUGCUUGCCAUAUCACAUUUGAGUAGUGUCACAUAAGGGCGGAGUAUUUUCAUGGCCUAGGAGUGGCUAGUCAUAAUUUACUGACCUUCCAUCACUUCUGAGCUACAUAGCUUCCUAUUCACUAUGCACCUGGCUAUCUGAAGAUCUUUUCUAGUGGGAGGGUUUGAAUUCAAAGCCUCAUGCUUGCUAGGCAUUUCCACUUGAUCCACACCCCAGCUUUUGAGGGCGUUUCUAAAAUGUCUGCAACUGACUGGGUUUCUCCAAAAAAAAAAAAAACACCCUUACCUGUAAAUAGUUG